GACCAAAACACACAUGAGGUUUUAAAUAUUUACUUUUUGAGGCCCUUAUUAGUUAUUACUUGAAUUAGCAAGAACAGACCCAAUCUUUUGAAUAAUUACAUAAGUAAAGCUUUUGUUUGUUAUAUUCAAAAUUAGCCCCAAAGAUCAUUAGGGUCUACUCGACAUAGAGAAGUUCUAAAGUCCUCAAAUCCCGCAAAGCUUUUUCAGCUUCUUUGUUGAAUUGCGAGAGGAAGAAAUCAGCAGAGAAAAAAAAUGUUGUUCUUUUCUUACUUCAAGGAUUUGGUUGGACAAGAAGUGACGGUUGAGCUGAAGAACGAUUUAGCCAUAAGAGGAACUCUUCACUCAGUUGAUCAGUAUCUGAAUAUCAAGCUCGAGAACACUAGGGUUGUUGACCAGGACAAAUACCCUCACAUGCUUUCAGUGAGAAACUGUUUCAUCAGAGGAUCAGUGGUAAGGUACGUGCAGUUACCUAAAGACGGAGUUGAUGUUGAUUUGCUUCACGACGCCGCUAGAAGAGAAGCUAGGGGUGGCUGAUUCUGAAAAGUCGUUGUAUCUCCAAAACUUAAAUACUUUUCAUUUGGUGUAAUGGCUUGAUAAUGAAUGUUUUCCUGAUGUAGAGCCUAUGUUAUGGCCAUGAAUCUUGUUUCCAUUAUCUUUACCAAAGGAUCAUCUAACUUUGUUCCUCAUUCGAUGAAAAGUUUAUUUAAAACACAUAGAAACUC